AUGCUGCCGCACCUCGCGUGUGGCGACACGCGUGUGAAUUGUUAUUCCCCGACGAACGAAGAAAGAAGACAAACCCGAACAACCGACCGAGCUGGAAACCCGCGAAAAGCGUCGACGAAAAAAUUUCAAGAGGAGGGAAAGAUGGUACGGCAGGGCUGUGGAGGAAAAGAAGGACACGACGAUUUCGUUCUCGCCGUUGAUCUCCUCAACCCCUCCCCGGCCGCCGAGGCCCGCAAGCACAAGCUCAAGACCCUUGUGCCUGCCCCCCGCUCCUUCUUCAUGGACGUCAAGUGCCCCGGCUGCUUCACCAUCACCACCGUCUUCUCCCACGCCCAGACCGUCGUCAUCUGCCAGGGAUGCACCACCGUCCUGUGCCAGCCUACCGGUGGUAAGGCGAGACUCACCGAGGGCUGCUCUUUCCGCAGAAAGUAA